GGGGCGUAUAUGCGAAGACAGGACAAGUCGACGGUGGUUAUGCUGCUAGGAAGUAGUUGAGGGGGUUCUGCGUGAGGAAGAAGAAACUGGUCAAGAUCUGCAUUGGGUGGCCGGUAGUGAUGGUUGUUCUGUCGCUUGGGCUGUUCGGUCGGUAUCGUUUUUUCUGGUCGCGAGUCGAGAUUUCCCUGAUUCUUUCUUUCUUUUCUUUUUGCUUCUUCUUUGCUUCUUCGCCAACUACCAGAAAAGAAAGGAUCAGGAUUGCAGGCAGGGUGGGAAAAGCCAGCGUUUUAAGACUGGCCGAUCCCCACCAACCGCAGACUACGGGCUUAGUUCAGCUUUGCUUUUACUUGCUUAGGAAAGGGAAAGGGAAAGGUUGAGUUUACUCUGCUUAGUUAGUCAAUUAGUUAGUUCUUUUUCUGCUAUGGUCUGAUUUCGGAUCUUGCUUUGCCUUGCAUGAGUGAUUUGAGUGGGAAAUGCAAGUC